AUGGCUCGCCGUCAGGGUCUGGCACAACGCCCGAUGCCAAAAAGAAACUGCAAAACCGACAAGCCAUCAAGUCUGGCCGGGACCUCCGGACAUUCCCCAAGUCAAACGACACCUUCGACUGGAAACAGCAUUAACCAACCAAGACUUAUCCAACUGAACAAUUCAAGUCCAGUGCGUAAGCCUAACUCGCCUCUCGCAGGGCCGGGGAAAGCCUCAUCAAGCAAAGGAAAACAGAAAGCGCAAGAAGCUUCCGACAAAGAAGAAGCAUUGUUUGACGAUGGUCAAGAGGAGGAAGAUGAGGACGAGGCCGAAUUUGUCCCCGCGGUUCCCAUAAAGCGUGGCCGUCCCCGCAAGGCAAUUUUAGCUGACGCUGCAAAGCGUAUGAAGAACUUUUAA